AAAGAAGACAACAACACAUUUAGGAUGUAAAGUUUAUGAACCGGGCCAACGAUCGUUGAGCACUGCGCCCGGUGAAGAGGGUGGGGCAUGAAAAGACGCACUCUUUGGCUGCGCUUCGCGUCAUCUCAACCCAAAUAAUUAGCUAUAGAAGGAAAGCGAAGAGUGGACCUACCGUUUUCUAUGGAUUUGGUCUGCACACGAAGUACUGUCUAGUAGCUACAUUUGUUAAAAUGGCUUGUUUUCUGUGUUUAUUGUAAAAGGUCGCGCGCGCAAGAAAAGGAAUUUCAUCAACGAUUUUUGCGUUGAGAUUGCGUUGUUUCUUAAAAUUGUGACGGUAUGCAGACAGGAUUUGUAAUUUGAGCACUGUAUUCGAGAGUACUUUCCCGAAGGGAUAUACAUGUUUUACUUUGGCACCCAAGGAAUGAUUUGAAUCCAAUCAAAAUGGCAUCGAUUUAAAGAUUAUCUUCAUUUUGGGAGCUGCUGCUGAGCAGAACCACUCAGGCACUGAUACACUGAAGUGGUCAGGUUUUUCCUAAUCAGAAUCCUGCUUGGGAGAUGGAGGUGAUUCGUCGCUCUUCUGUGUUUGCAGCGGGGGUGAUGGAGGCCUUUGAUCAUUCCCCGUCAGACAAAGAACUGGUGUCCAAGUCCAAGGCACUGUGUAGGGACUACAUACACUCUAGGCUCAACCUCUAUGGGCUAGGCUCGUCCAAAACUCAGGUGGACUCAACGCUUUGUGAUGUGGCUGCUGUUCUUCUCUGUCUCGGUGAUGAGCUGGAGUGCAUGCGGCCCAGUGUCUACCGGAACGUGGCGAGACAGCUCAACAUCUCAGUAUCCAUGGAGACCAUGGUUUCUGAUGCCUUCGUUGCCGUGGCAACAGAGAUAUUCGCAGCAGGUAUCACAUGGGGGAAGGUGGUAUCUAUGUAUGCCGUGGCUGGGGCUCUGGCGGUGGACUGUGUGCGACAGAACCAGCCAGCUACGGUCCAAACCAUAGUGGACAGCCUGGGCCAGUUUGUCCGCAAGAACCUGGCACCUUGGCUGAAGAAACGCGGAGGAUGGACGGACAUCAAGAGGUGUGUGGUGAAGUUAGAUGCCGUUCCUCAGACCCAUUGGCUGUCUCCCAUUGCCCAAUCCUGCAAGCACUUUCUAUCAACACUGUACAUCUACAUUAUGAAGGAGCCAUGAGACGUGGAAGAAUUCAGGUUGAAAGAACACGCGCUUGAAGUCCUGACAUUUUCUGGAAGAUUGAUUGGCUGUCUAAACAGUGACUUUCCUUCUUGCCAAGUACAAGUCACAGUAUCACAUUUGUACAAUCAAACAAUGACUGCUCUUCUUCCAAAGAGUAGUGAGUUAAUUUAAUGUGGGUAGUUCCACCAAUUAGGUGCCCUUUUUAGUGCGACCUAAUUUUAACUGUCAUUAGAGCAGUGGAUCAACUUAAGAAAAUUCCACCCAAAGUCUUGGUAUUUGUUUCAUUAGACCAUUGUUGAGUCCCAAAAGGUUUUGCAUGUCAACAAUAAAGUUUGAUGUAGAACUUUCCAAAUACAGAAAUGUAGCCCGUAUGAUGCAUCAGACUAGAAGUCAAAAUGCUGAAUGUCAUUUUCCAUGUGGUCUAUAUUAAAGGGCACUUCAUUUAACAGGCUUUUAAAAUUGAAUUGGUGCACAAUUAAAAUAUCAAAAGGGAUGCAAAGAAACUUUGUGGAAUGACCCAUUCGCUUAAGAUGAUAAACUUUUGCUCAAUGUACUUGUACAGAAGCAUGUAUCUUUCAGUGUCGUAAUGCAUUUUCCACUACUGUGUCGGAGUGAGUACUGUGGUAGGUGCUCAUACCGCUGAAGUGAGAUCCAGUCUGAUACCUACAGCAUAUCAUCUCUGGGACUUUACACUGAAGAAAUUGACAAUAAAUCCAAUGAUUACAGUGGUGCAGCAAAACAGAGGACAUGAAUUGUAUGAUGAGCUAUUAAUGUUGUGGGAUGCAACAGUCUAGCCAGGCUUUGCACACUUUACACUGCUGCAUUUGCUAGGAACAGAACGGGGAGGGGGUUAACCUUGCAUUUGUUUGUGUUUUGCUACGGUGUGCACUAAUGAAUACUCUCCCGUUGAUUACAGGACAGAAUUAUGCCCAUGGGGGAUAUUUUAGAAUGUUGGAUCUUUUUAAAUCUUAAUGUAUUUUAUUCAGAUACUGUAGUGAUGAUUGAAUCUUAAAGUAUCUUUCCUGUGGUCCAGUUUACUUAUUGUGCUGUAUAUACUUUCAUAUGCAAAAUAAACUUUUAAACACUACAGGAGUGAAAUCACCAA